AUGGCGUCCAUGUCUAGUGGAGGGGAAGAGCGAACGGCCAGUCGAAGGUGGGAAGCGGUGCUCGUUGCGGUCUGCAGGGCGCUUCCUGGUACAGGGGCUGAAUCCCAAUUCGCACCCACGUUGUCGUCGCAUAUUCCGUUUCAGCAACCUCCAUCUUCAGCGGUGUCUCAUCGCAAUCGCGCCGCCUUUGACGAGACCUACGACGUUAACGACCCUACAACACUUACGACCCCUCCACCGCAACGCCAGCAGCAGGCUGCUUCCCGUGUCCUUCCUGACUCCACCCAAGAUCCGUCACUUCGACCCUCGAGCGCAUUAGGAAGCCCUCGUUCAUUGCGGAGAACGGCGAGACUUUCCCAACGACCACCGUCGGUAUAUGUUUCCGGGCGUCCAUCUCAGGUAGAGCAGACUAUUCCAGUGGUUGUGCGACCCGUUUCGGAACACCAAAGCGGACUCGCUGCUCUGCGUCCAGCACUGUCUGAGGCGCAAACCGAAGAAGACGACGAAGAGGCCGACUCCGAAGAGGAAUCCUCCCGGCGACCGGGCGAAUCGUACUGGCCCCAUAGGACAACCAGUGUCUCCCCGCGUACCGCGUCUGCCAUUCUUUGGACCUUGGAGGAAGCACUUCGCAAACCAAUUCCGUUUACGCUAGAUUGGGAAGAAGUGAAUGCGCCCAUGUCUGACGUCGCGGGUGCCUCCGGUCCGUCAGGCUUUGGUGCCAAUGGCCGUACUCAGAAUGGAUCGACUCGCGCCACUCAAGGCCCGGUCCCUGUUAACCCACACCCCGCAAGUGGGGUGCGGACGCCCACGGACAUCAUGAGGCAACGUCGGGAUCGAGAGGCUCGCAAGAAAGCAGAGCAGGAGGCGAGGGAUCGGGAGCAGGAUGACAUCGAGCGCAGACAGCAACAGGAGCAGAAUAGGCCCGGUCAAGCUUAUGCUGCUGGCGUUGCCGGUGAGAGAACUUCGCAGCGAAGGACGCAAAUCCCAGAGCGGUCUUCCACAACUACGAAACGACCAGAGCCCCAAGCCUCUGCGUCUAUCCCUGGAACUGGUGGUGCACAUGGACCUCUCAGACAAACUACCUCGGCUGGGCAGCCCGGUGCAUCUCAACAGCCUCAGGCUGCCCCGCAGAGCUCUGCCGGGUGGUCCAAGCAACAAACCCAGGCGGCGUCUGAUCAGCCAAGUUCUCAAGCCCAGCAACAAUCUCGUCGCAUUCCGUUUCCUCACGCCUUUGAACGAUGGGAAACUCUCUCGUCCCAUUGGGAGGGCUUGACUGGUUACUGGAUUCGCAAGCUGGAGCAAAAUAAUGAAGCGCUUGAGCGCGAUCCUCUUAAUCAACAAAUGGCACGCCAAGUGACGGACCUUUCCGCCGCUGGAGCCAAUCUCUUCCAUGCUGUGGUCGAGUUGCAACGUCUGCGGGCCUCAUCCGAGCGCAAGUUCCAGCGCUGGUUCUUCGACACUCGUGCUGAACAAGAACGCUCGAAGGAGUUGUUAGCAGAGCUAGAGAGGCAGGUUAGGACCGAGAGACAGGCUCGAUCUGAAGCUCUCACUUCAUUGCAAAAGUCAGAGAGCGACAAGUUACGCGCCGAAGAGCUGCUGAAAGAAAUGCGCCGUGAGUUGCAAAUUUCCAAGGACGAGGCCCGCCGCGCUUGGGAGGAAUUGGGUCGGCGCGAACAGGAAGAACGCGACCGUACUACAUCCCUGCGGAAUGGAGAACCUACAUUAGUCGGAGGCGUCCAGGUUGUACCUAUGAUCCCAGGGCCCGCUAGCCGGCAUAAUACCAAUCGCCCGCCAACCCGAGAAAGCCCAUAUGCAAGUGGUGAGAGCGCCGCGAGAACCACAGCGGUGACAGAAGGUCAAUACUACGCCGACACUCCUGCAUCUCCUACUGGUACCGAUCCUUUCGUGGAAGGCCACAGGCCCAUUCAGGAACCUCCGUCAUCAACAUCUCCGGAAGCUCAGAGACAAUACCCUGGACAUUUCUAUGAGCAGAGCGCCGCAUAUCCACCUCGGCCAACAUCUGAGAAUGACGACCGCUCCUACGGCCCCAGCGUUGCCAGUAGCGAGCAAGGAGAAGAAGAUGUCGGCAGCAGCUACCGCCGCAACCCGCAGGGUCAGUCAACUGCUUACCAGCCCGCCAUGUCCGAAGGCAGCGAUGAGUAUGAGCAUGGGUCAGUAGAGGAAGGUGGAUACCCACCCAGCUCCAUGCCCACAACAUCCGGGCCUCUAUACGGAGGCUACACUCAGUCUGUCGAUUAUAGCGGCUCGGGAUGGGGUGUAGGGACAGGUUGGGAAUCCGUAACCCCGCGCCAUCGUCAUCCUACGCGUCUCAGCGAUGUAAUCGAAGAAGAGGAACCACGGACGACCCCCAGUCGGGCCAGUUUAGCCAGUCGAAGUGUACAGUGA